AUGUCCUCUCCACCCUGGGACUACAUCGCGAAGCUCGUCUGCAUAGGCGACUCGGGUUGCGGCAAAUCCUCCCUGACCAUCCGCCUCUGCGAGGGCCGCUUCGUUACCCAUCACGACGUCACCAUUGGCGUUGAAUUCGGGUCACGUAUCGUUCCCGUCGGUCCGCCCUACUCGAACUCCUCCGAAUCCCCCCUCAACAACAGCAGCAGCUCAACCACCGAUGACGGUAACAACAGUAGCACAACCGCCGGCGGGCUGCCCGAGCCCAGGAUAGUACCAGCCGAAAAGCCCGGCGAGGCGCCGCCACACCCGCAGCAGAAACACAUGAAGCUGUCUCUGUGGGACACAGCCGGGCAGGAGACCUACAAAUCCGUCACGCGGUCAUACUUCCGGGGUGCCUCGGGCGCCCUGCUCGUCUUUGACCUAACGCGCCGCUCGACCUUCGAGCACGUCACCGAUUGGCUCAACGACCUACGGCAGAUCGCCGAACCAGACAUCGUCGUCGUCCUAGUCGGUAACAAAGCCGACCUCGCUAACGCCGAACCCCCCUCAGCCGACAACAACUCUACGCAAUCGCCCUCACAACCCCCCUCCUACCCUUACUCUCCCCACCAAAAGAAAGGGGUCAUCGGCCCCCCUCCGCGCCGUGAAGUCACGCGCGCCGAAGCCGAGGACUGGGCCCGCCGCAACGGCGUACUGGAAUACGUCGAAACGAGCGCCAAGAGCGGCGAGAACGUCGAGAAGGCCUUCAUGCGCGUGGCCGAGAAAAUCUUCCAGAACAUACAGGCCGGGAAAUACGAUUUGAAUGACCGGCGCUCGGGGGUCAAAGGGGCGCAUGCCCUGCAGGCUGGGGGUACAUCAGGAUCGGGACCGGGGAGAGGGGGAGGAGGGGGGUCGGUGAAGUUGACCGGGGGGAAUGCGAAGGGGGUGGCGGGGGGGUGUUGUUGA